AAACCCUAAUUUCACAAACUCGCCCAGAAAAAAAAUAAUUUCUGACACCAACCAAGAUUUUUUUUUUGAAUUUUCCUUUCCAUCUCUGAAGCUCUGCCCCUGCUCUGCAAUGGCAGAGAUAAGUCGAUGAUAAAAAUUAUUACAAGCAUAAAUUCUUGCAGUAGAGUACUGUUGUAGUCAAAUGAUCUUCAAAAUUACAAGAUUUGCCCUAUUUCAGAAGUGGGUUCUGCUCUAGCUUCUCUGUUUCAGUUAGUUUGAGUGUUUUGAGCUAAUAAAGAUUCGAUCUUUACCAAGAUUAAGCUUACGUUUAUUAAAAGUAAUUUUUCUAGGGUUUUAACUUUUUAAGGAUUUUGAAGGUAUAUCUAUUUGUUUGGUAUAUGAAUGGAGGAAAGAGAAGGGUUGUUGAAUGGUUCUUCUGUGGUCACAGUGGAGCCAAGGGUUGAAAACCCUGACCCGUUUCCUGCCGGGUCAACCCCGACUGCAGCUCCGGUGAGUACGGAAUCGCCGGCGCCGGCGCCGGCGCCAGAGACGUCCGGGAAGAAGAAGAGGGGAAGACCAAGAAAAUACGCAGUAGAUGGUUCUGCUGUGGCAUUGUCACCUAUGCCUAUAUCGGCCUCGAUUCCGCUCACCGGAGAUUUUCCGGUUUGGAAGCAAAGUAAAGCCCGCCGUGUUGUCGAUUCUUCCAAGAAGAAACACAAAUUGGAUUUUGCCAGUGCAGGAGAUACGAAGGCAUACUCAGUCGGUGGAAGUUUUAUACCCCAUGUGAUUACUGUUAAUCCCGGCGAGGAUAUUAAUAUGAAGAUAAUAUCUUUCUCUCAACAAGGAUCGAGAGCCAUUUGCAUUCUCGCUGCAAACGGGUCCAUCUCGAACGUUACACUCCGUCAACCUAAUUCCUCCGGUGGUACUUUGACCUACGAGGGAUGUUUCGAAAUACUUUCUCUCACCGGAUCGUUUAUGCCGAGUGAUAAUGGAUUGACCAAAAGUCGAUCCGGUGGAAUGAGCGUCUCUUUGGCGGGGUCCGACGGUCGUGUUUUGGGAGGAGGUCUAGCUGGCAUGCUAGUAGCAGAUGGCCCCGUUCAGGUUGUGAUAGGCAGCUUUGUUCCUGGACAACAACAACAUCAUCAUCAGCAGGAGCAAAAACCUAAAAACUCAAAAUUCGAGCAUACUAUUACAUUCGGCCCCGUUUCUUCAGAAGAAAGAUACGAAGGGCCAAAGCGUAAUUUUACGAAUUUGGCUUUUGAAAACUCUGUGCUCCAUGAAAAUAAUGUCCAGUUUCCUGUGGAAGAUUCUCGUGAGCCUUUCGCCAUGAAAUAAUCUGGUAAUCGACUUACAUUAUAUAUAUAUAUUAUAUAUGUUUAGUAUCAUGUUUUGUUGUAAGCUUUUAGCUGUGUUUUUUUUUUUGUUUUUUUUUGUUUUAGGGUUUAAUAGUAAUUUUAGGUUCACUUAGUUAUUUCUGACCCCAUAUAACAAAAGUGAUGAGAUGACUGUAAAAUGCUAUUUGAAAGCAUAUGAUGAUUUGGCUGUUAGAACCUUUUAUGUAGUAAAGUUUCCAAUGUAUGAAAACUGGGAGGUUUACUUUUUUUUGUUUAAUUUUUU